AUGGCACCUGCUGCUUGUUGGGUGUGGUUAGUAACACUCCUGGUCCCGUUUCACGAAAGGCACAUCAAGGCGUCCACAUGGGCAGCAUUAGCAGACUCUUCGCUUUUGGGCUCCAUUACCGCGACAGGGGCACCCUCCCUAGCACCUGCUGUCGCCCUUCAUGAAGGUCGCCGGAGAUCUUCAGGUCUGUCCAGCUCUUCCAGCGCAUUCGCUGAAGUUGGCGCCUCCACACGAAGCUCAACAGACAGGGAUGAUGAGGCGCCGACCCCAGAACGGAGCAACAAGAAGCGAAGGAAGAGAAUGGUCCUUCUGCCCCCCAAGGGCAAACGCAGCAAGCCGGAGAGGAAGAGCAACAAAGCCACUUUUGGGCAUAAGGAGCGUGCUGAUGGGCCCAGUAACAAUACUGCUGAGGCUCAGGAGGGCUUUAAGGAUGUGGUGGUUGAGCCCAUUGAAGUAGACAGUAGCGAACCACCGUCAGAGACGCCUGCAAAAUUAGAUGCGGCAGCAACUGGAGGACCAGAACAGCAGGCGAGUGCUGCGCAGCAAGCAGAAGCAGCGGCACGAGGACGUGCCGGACCAGAAGAAAGUGCUGUACAGAAAGCAGAUGCAUUGCCAGGUCGAAAACGGGGUCGCCAAGCUUCCUCUAAACGCCGACGAGGGACCGCCAGAGAGGGGCCCCACCCUCGGCGAGCUUCGGGUCGUCUGCUUGCGUUUAAAAGGUCUCUUAAGGGGUCCAAGGGGGCUUCGAAGAGCUCGACUAAGGGCAAGAACACAGCGCUGUUGAAAGAACCCAAACUCACCCCGGACUCCAGUCUUGACCCCGAAGACGGCUUUCCCAGAGUCCUACCCCGGCCCCCACAGAAAAAUGGCACCAGCCAUAGGAAUCUUCCUGUCGGCUGCAUGCCCGUGCAGGCAACACGAGGGAUGGAGGCCUUUGCUGAACAACUCCCUUCACAAGGAGUAGGCUGUAGGCUCCGAAUGGAAGCUGAGCAGAGCCAGCGCCAGGGGCAGAAGGAGCAGCAGCAUCACCAAAUGCAACAUUACCAGCCGCAGGCGAAGCAGGGGGAGACACAGGAUCAAAUCCACAAAGAGUGGCAGGAUGUCCCGCAAGACUUACCGCAGCAUCAGGGGGACCACCGACAUCAGGAGGACCCGCAGCCGGUUGUUCAGUACCACCAGCAGCAGGGCAUGCACGAGCGGCCAGGGGAGGAGCAGGAGAAACAACUUCAGCCGAAUCAGCAACAGGGAGAUGGGGCAAGACAACGGGAACAACGGGAUCAACAGCGGCUUGAGGAACAGCAACACCAGGAGAGGGACAGCAGCAGCAGCAGGGAGGACGAAACAAGUAUUAAGAUGACCGGAAGAUAG